CACACACGCGUACGCAGACGCUAGACACACUCAAUAGCAGACACAACUGCAACUGGUUGAGUUAUAACGGGGGAAUAAGGGAAUAAAAGAAAACAGCGUGCGAAAGCUUCGGCUCAGCUUCAGAUGUUGUUAUUGUUUUGUAUUGCUCUUCAGUACAAUGGAACAGAACAUGUGUGUGUGUGAGUCACGUACAUUUCAGCCAGCCCUAAGUUUGCGUACGCAAGUGAUCUUUGCACUCACAGCUGUGCGAUGAUUUUGCAUAUCACUAUCGAUAUGCGUGCCGCUGCUGGCAGCACAGCUGCUUAUCGAUAGAAUUAACCAAACAAAACUUAUUUAUGUCAGAGCUAAUUCGUAAUUUACAGUAAACAAACAUGAGGCGUUGCUCGGUACCAAAUUGUAAUUAUACAAGCGAAACGAAGAGUAAACUAAUUCGUUUCUUCGAAUUACCGAUGAACCACAAAUUAGCAACAAAAUGGUUGGCUUUCUGUGGCGAUCCAAAUCUCAAAUAUAGAAAGGGCACAUAUGUUUGCUCGGAGCAUUUUAGGCCGGAAGAUAUUGGCAUGCGCCGAUUAAACCCAAAUGCAGUCCCGUGCAUUAAUAGUGGAACAACGAAGAAGAAUUUGAAGAGGAGCACAAAACUGUCAAAAAGCAAGAGCAUAGAGGACGAUCUUUUUGCUAGUUUAAAAAGCAAAAGGGAAGUCUCUGACUUGGAAAGCAAUGACGAUACAGAGGAAACAGAAAUUAAAGUUGAACAAAAUAUAUUUGAUCACAUGCUGGAUACAGAAAGCUCGGAAGCUGUUAUUGAUGAGCUAAGUAAUCAAGUCAAGGACCUACGUAUGGAAAAUAUUCGCUUGAAAGUCAACAUGCAAUUGGCGCAGAAAAAAUACAAAGCUGAAAUUAAUAAACUAACUAAAGAACUUCAAGAGGCUAAUUCGCACAUAUUAAUUUUGGAGAUGCAACAAGAAUAUGCGAUGAAAUGAAUAAAUUGCAGUUGUAGCCCGUUGAAAAAAAAAGUGAUAAUAAGAAAUCCUAGUGAUAGACAACUAUAUUAUGUUUGUUGUCUAGCCUCAAUAUACCUGUAACUUGCUUAUGCAUUAGUUAUGUAAGCGAAAAACAUUGUGCCACAAAUAUUAACUUUAAUAACUCAUAUACUUAUCAAAACACAUUCUUAUGGAAAAGCCAAGAACUUAUUUCAAUGACAUUAUAGCUAAGCAUGCUGAUAUGUGCUAGCGAAAAGCCUUUUGACCUUAUUAAAGAAUUAUGAUUACUCUAAGCAAACAUACCUAAGAAUAAUUACGACUUUGUUAUCAAGUUAAGAAGUAAAACUGAAUAUUUUUAAUACUUUCUGUA